GCUCUCUCUGCCUCUCGCUAUGUCUCUCGCUCUCUCUCUCUCUCUCUCGUUCAGUUCUCCUCGUUUCCGAUGAGUCAUGUGACCGACCUCUCUCGCUCCCCCCUCCCCCCCAGAGACCAAUCACACCCCCACAGAGGAGAGCUUAGCACACACACAGAGACGCACGCUAAACACACAGCGGCGCUCGCUCGCUCGCUCUCAUCACCACCACUCUGUCAGUGUAGAGAGAGAGGAGGAGAACGAGGGAGAGAGGAGUCGAGGCGAACGCCUGGGAGGAGGUCAAGAGGGAGAGGAAUAUAUUCUACCAGGAGAAGAAGAGGGAGGAGGAGGAGGGGUCAGCGGAGAGGAGGUGGGGGGAGGUUCUCCCUGAAUGAAGGAAGAGCUCUGGGAGUCGUUUCCUCCCCGCCGCGAUGGAGCGACGCGAGGAAUGAGGGCGGAUGGUGAGAGCAGGGAGCAGCAGCAGCAGCAGUGGAGGAGGAGGUGGAGGGGCUGGAGGUGGAGGCGGAGGAGGAGGUGCGGGGGGAGCCGCGGCCGGAGCCGGGCGGCGAGGGAGGAGCCGGCAGCGCUCUCGGAGGAGGCGGCUGUCGGCCAACUGCCCCGGCGCCGACAAGAUGUCCCCCGGCUCGAAGAAGGUGGAGUGCUUCUCGCCCAUGCUGUGCCACUGCAAGGUGGCCUGCACCAACAGCACCAUCUCCCUCAUGUUCGGCUGCAAGAAGUACAGGCACCACGAUGAGGACUCGUCCCCCCAGGACCAGAGCUCCCCACAGCUGACGGAGGAGGCAGGGGCGGCGGAGCUGGUCCAGGUAGCAGAGAAAAACCUUUCCCAGAUCGAAAAUGUGCACGGAUACGUCACCCACGCUCACAUCUCACCCAUGAAGAUCUACAGGUGGAGGUGAGGCGGCGUGAGGCGCUGCAACGCACCAACCAAGGCAGAAGAACAAGAAGGCUGUUGGCUGGAUGGAAACACUGCAGGGUUUUAUGAGGAAGGAAACCUCACUGUGUUUUAUUCUAACACUGAAUGUAAACAAGACUUUUGUUUGUUUACAAGAAAACUAAACAAAAGAAAUUAAGUUAAAAGUUGUAAAACAAAAUGUCAAAACGAGUGAAAAUGAAUGAGUGGCCCUCUGAUGUAACGGUAUAGGAUAUAAUAUCAUAAGAUCCGUCAGUUUCAGCUGCUCUGUGGCGUCUGAUCUUUCACAGGGGCUUAAACAUUUUCACGCCGCUGUGGUCACGGUAACAGAGUCCAUGAGAUCGGAUUAACUUCAGAUAAACAGGAGUGAUGUGUUCAGGCCGCUCUGUGGAGCUCUCCUGCCACCGUGUGGCGUUUAAACACACCGACACCUGAAGGGGACGUCACAGCGUCUGAAAUCAGGUUAAUGAUCAAAACCAGGAGCGGACGCCACUGAUCUGGUGUCUUAAUGAGUAACGUCUGGUAAAUUACAGCACAGUGCUCCUGUUUUAAUUUACUUAAUGAAACAAUAAUAAUAAAACAGACAUCUCAGACUGUCACAUUAGAUUUAGACACAAUCAUUUGUUUUAAAUUUUAUUUAUUUUAAGUCAGACUAGUGGAAAGAAAAUGAUACUAAAUGAAAGAUAUUUGUCAAUAAAUGUUUGAAGUUUUUCCUAA